ACUUCUCUGUUGCAUCACAGUCUGAGGUGCAGCGGGUUUGCACACAGGACAGGGCCUUCUCACUGGUGGCACCUAAGUCACAGAAUUCUCUGCCUUGAAAGAGGUUGGGUCCAUCUGCUCAUUUUUAGGGAUUGACCGUUUUGAUGCCCAGAAAGUUACAUUUUCCACAAGAAGAUGGAAGUGGUAAACACUGCUUGUUCUGAUUUCAAUAACACCAAAGGAUCUUUCAAGAAAGCAUCAUCCCUUCUAUUGGACAGCCUGGUGGAGGAGCCUAAGAGAACAACUGAUGUUCCUAAUCACCUCCUGGAAUCCAAGAUUUAUUCAAAGCUUUUAAGAAACAACGUAAUACAGGCUAAGCCUGCCAUAAUGCAUUAUGGAGGGUAUGAAAUUGAAAAACAUCACCAACAAAUUUUGAAACUUGUCAAUAUUUCUAGCGAUCUUGUAAAUGUUCACAUUAUUCCACCCCAAACAAAGUACUUCCAGAUCAAAUACAGCAAAAUACACCGACUUGUGCCUGGCUUGUCCUUCACAAUUACAGUUGACUUCUGUCCUGAUGAAUGGCGAUAUUAUUAUGACUGCAUCCGAAUCCAUUCUGAGGGAGAUGACACUUUACUGGUUCCUAUACAUGCCUAUCCUGUGAUGAAUGCUGUAGAAUUUCCAUCCUAUAUUAGUUUCUCUGAUGUUCCAUUGGGACAGUGUAAGGAAUAUGUGAUCCCUCUGCAGUGCAGCUGUCCCAUUGAUUUUGAGUUCCACAUUGAGUAUCUUCAGCCUCACAAAGCCUUCACCAUUCAUCCCACAUCUGGAAUAAUCCCAGCUGAUGGGAAAACAGAAGUGGUCAUUGUAUUUGUGCCAUUUGAAUAUGGAACAGCCCAGAUCAAAAUCCAGUUGUGGAUUUCACAAUUUAAUUCGAAACCUUAUGUAUGUGUAUUCACAGGAACGUCAACUCCAUAUUCUAAUUUAACAAAAGGAGACUUUGAGAAACAAGAAACAAUUCCACGGAGAAAAACAAUGGCUCCAGAAAAAGCAGUGACAUGCCUAGUACAGCAGAUAACACCACCAAAACGUAAAUGUCCUGUACAAAAACUAAAGACUGUCGAAUAUAAAAAUUUACAGUUCCCAACAGAUCUGUCAAAUCCCUAUGCUGUGGCAACUGUUUUGAUUCAGGAGCCAGGCAAACUGAAGAUAAAACAGUUAAGAGAAGUCUUAGGAGGGCAGAGUGAUGGAGGAGCCAAAACAAGGCAGGUGAAAGAUGCUGUCUUUGAGUUGAAAGUCAAGCAGGGUGUCCAGGAAGAGGAAAUAAAUCAGCUUAAAUGGCAAGUUCACUUAGGGAAAGAUCCAAUGUCUUUGGUUCUUCAUGAUCAGGUUCUGGAAGAUCGGCAGAGAGCUGAAGAGCAGUACCUGAUUAAAAGAGGAGAUCCCGUUAUGAAGGUGGAGUUUCAAAGGAAGAAAGUAGAAAUCUCUGUCAAGCGUGUCCUCCGAAUGGUCCAGGAGUGCCCAAAAUUUGAGCCUACAUUUGAUCUCCUCCUCAACAACCCUUGGGACCACAGACACUGGAAUCUGCGACGGUUCCGGCAAGCUGCUCGAAAGGUUCUGCUUCAGUGUCGCCUAAAGCGCCAGCUAAAUGUACUAUUUGGACUACGUAGAACUAGUGAUCAAGAGGAAGAAACAUUCGUAUCAGCAGGAAGUAGCAGUGUUAGAACAGUCAGCACAGCUGCCAUAGAUGAGAGUGAUAAGAAAGUGCCUUUUCUGUUGACUGCACAUCGCAUCCUGCCUUUUGAAUUUCCCACUUACAAUCCACUUCGAUGGGCUGAUGAACUGCUACCUGAAGUUCUUGGUACAGUUCCUGUCAAGUCUGUUGAAGCUGAGAUUAAACAACUUCACCACUUCUUUGAACUAAAGGUCCCUCAGCAUUACAGGCUUAUGGCAUAUCAGCCGUUCUGUGUACAUCAUGCAGCAAUCAGCUACAAAGCUCCAAAGUAUUCUCAGACUCUGAGGAAGGGUGCAGAGGAAGAGCUGAUCCCAGUACUGCCUGCUUCUGAAGAGACACUGCGCCUUGCCUUGUUCCAGUCAAAAGAGGAUGAAUCCUUGGAAAUAGAAACCUCCCUCUUAAACCUUAAAGCUCCUGAGCAUUUGCUUCAUUCUCCACAAGAACAUCCACUUCAAAUUUUUAAUCCCAGCCCAGGACUGCAUGAAUUCAAGCGGCCCCUUGCUUAUUCAGAAAGCAGCAUUGACUAUCACCUUUGCCCUCAUCCAAAAUAUGCACUCACCAGGAAAUACCCGCUGAAGUCCAGUGUUCUGACUACACAAAAGAAUUUUCUCCAUCCCAAGGAAGUCAUUUGUGGCAUAACUAACUGGAGAAAAUUCCCACCGGUUAUUCAUUCAACCUUACCCAAUGUUCCUGCUCUGAACAGCACAAUGGUACCUUUCUGCACUGACCCUUAUAAUGCAGACAUACUUCCAAAAGAUGUACCUUCUAUUUUGGAUAACUUACCAGAACAAGAUAAGGACAAUAUCAUGGAUGAAGAUACUGGCGGGGAGGCUACUGUGGUACUUGCACCCAAGAUGAUAAAAGCUGAAUUUCCACAGACUGACCACUCAAUCAAUGAUAAAAAUAAAACACAAAAAACAGGAAGUGACACAAAUGCAGACCUUAAGCAUGCUUCCUACAUAUCUAUGAAUACUUCUGUACCUGUUUCCCGAGACGUGAGAGAUACUCUGAACUGGUAUUUUCAAGCUCAGAGUAACGUAUAUGGUCGAAGGAUGCACGAAAACCUAGAGAAACUGAAAGAAAAAGCCAUCCAGAAACACCUAAUUCUGGAUUAAGUGCUGUCUCUCUGGCAGCUCUAUGUGAAGGUUUUCCAACAUUUCGUGUAGCCUGGCUGUGGUGGAGGGAGGGGACAGAUUAUAGGAGAAUUGGGAAGGGAGAUCCACCUUGCAAAUUCCUUCCAUUGGCAGGAACUUGAAUCUGUUUUCAGUUGAUACUCCUGAAAACUGGUUGUGGAUUAGCAGGGUUUGGAGGUUAUCUUUGCCUAUACAGAUUGGGAGGGAUGGUGACUGGGUAAAAAAUCUGAAGUAACCAAUAAAUAUCAAUGAUUGCCUGCUGAUUUACUAUCACACGCAGUAUAGUAAAGUUAUCUCCAAAAGUCCCCAUGACCUCUCAUGUUGAUAUGUAUAUAUAUACUUAUAUAUUUGCCUAUAUACAAGCUUACUGCUUAGCUUGCAUGUAUAGACCCUUGUUCACUGUAAUGAAUUAUUUUUAUAUCUCUUUAUGUACAGAGAAUAUUAUUGCUUUAAAAUAAAAUGCAGAUAAAUUGUUA